AUGGCUGCUGCGUCCAAGAGGCUGUGGGUGCUGCAGGCAAAACUCUGGGUCAUAGCCCUGGUCACAGCGGUGACGUGCCCCUGGGUCCACCAGCACCCGCGCUACGUGGCGGCCAAGAGGAACAUGCCCGUCCACUUCAUCUGCUACUGCAGUGAGCCUCAGCACACACAGUGGUACAAAAUGCAGGAGGAUAAUGAGCAGCUCUAUGGCCUGGACAGCAACACCUCCCGCUACAGCAUAGAGCGGAAGGACCACUACAUCAACUUUACCAUCUUCAGGAUCGCCUACAAGGACAACGGCAUCUACGUGUGUGACAGGAAAAACCUCACAAAGGCAAAGCAGGCGCACGCAUGUGGGACCGAGCUCCGAGUCAUGAGUCACAGCAACAUCCAGCAGAUCCAGAACAGGAACACCCUGAAAGAUGCUAUCAUCAUCAUUCAGACCAUCCUGCUGGUAGUCUUCAUCAGCGUCCCCUUGCUCUUCUUCCUAGAUAAAGGUGAAGGCAAGGAAAGUCCUGAGGAGGACCACACCUACGAGGGCCUGGAAGUGGAGCAGAUGGCCACCUACGAGGACAUCACUCCUUUCCGGGAUGUGAAGGCCAAAUGGACAGUCGGAGAGCAUCCAGGCGAGGAGUGAGGGCCCCUGCACCCACCACUAUGCAGGCAUCCA